AUGGAUGGAAACGCCAAAUUCACCUUCAUCAACGGACCUAAUGUUAAGUCGAUCAGCUCAAAGGAUGAUCGCAGUUCCGUGCGAUCGUGGUUCCUAAGACGAACCUUUGAGGAUCGGCGAAAGGCGGCCCUCAACGCUAAAACAGGGCGCAAGAGAAACCUCCUACCGUCCAGCAGCAAGAAGCAAAGAAGGUCUCCAAAAAAGGGGAUACUAGAUGAGGAGGAUUCCAAAUCCAUAAACGAGUUGAUAUCGAAACACGCCAUUAUUGCAUCUGAAGAUUCUGCUGCUCAGGUGCUUGAAAAGACCUCCGAUGUCAGCACUGACGGUAUCGAAUCUCCCAAAAGCCAACUGCUCUUUUGGGGAAAUCAGCGGAGCGAUCCAUUUGCUCCGAAAUACAUACCAGACAUGGAUAACAACUAUGACAGGUUGAUUGACCACUGCAUGCGUGUACUCUGGCCGGGCUUUCGGCGAGUGGACAGCUACGCUGUGCAAUUUUAUCAAACUUGGGUCCCUCGGUCUUUACAGUCUCCUCACUUACUAAACUCGAUCCUCUUCUGCGCAUCCAAUCAUACACUGACGUUGACCAACAGGGGCUUGUGCCCGAGAGAAGAGCAACUGCGAUACCGAGGGCGGGCUCUGGAGUCACUCAGGACGAUGAUAACAAAUGACAAUUGCGAUAUUGAAGCUUUGAUAAUGUCAUCCCUCUUCCUCUCCCUCAACGACGGCGUAUACAUACGCGGACCUAUUGCCGGAAUUUCGGGCCCAUUCACGCCACCGCUACAGAGUUUGCAGUGGCUUGAUAACUACGCCUCCAGAGAAGUACAUCCGCUUCACUGGGCCGCUGUCGAGUCGCUUGUUUGCCAGAUAGGCGGUAUUCGGAGUUUGAAAAGUUUCGGAUUACCGUGGCUGCUUUCGUUCGCGGGGCUCUUAAAAUCCUCAAAGGACUUUUCAAGACCAUGUUAUCCGUUGCUUGCGCCAGACGGCCAGCCGUUCGAAUACAACCAGUGCAUAGCUCUAGUCAAGAUCGAGACGCCUUUCACAGCCACCCGGCCAUCUGGGUUCCAAUAUUUUUCAGAAUUAGGGCUUCCACUCCCAAUGUGGGAGGUUUUCAUCGAUUUGAGCAAUUUGUCCAAUACAAUAAGAGCCUAUCACUGUGGCCUCGGCCCCCGAUUUGAAGUCGAUCGCAUCGCGGAUUGCCGCAACCUGAUCCAACACCGAUUGCUUUCUCUGCCACGGAAUCGGCACGAAUGUUGGGCUGAGAUCCCUACCAAAGAAAUCAAUGACGCCACACUCUAUCUGUUCUUAGCGUGUUGCUCGACAGCACUGCUCUACAGCACCCAUGUCACAUUUCCCAUCCCUUGUCCUACAGUUCAGAGAUUGGAGGCCCUUACUGACCUUCAGAAGUGGAUCCAGCUGGCUGGUUAUUAUUGGGAUGGCAGCAACACCCAGGCCUUACGCAUGAUGCUUUGGUGUACAGUUAUUGGUGGGAUUGCGGCGAAGGGCAAUUCACCGCGGUUCUGGGCUGCGGCAGAAGUGAGCCGGUUAUCGGCUCUUCUUGACCUGAACAGCUGGGUCGAGGUCCGAGAUGUCAUGAAGAUGUUCUGCUGGAUGGAACAAGCGUGCGAUGUGGAAGGGCAAGAACUAUGGAAGGAAGCUGAAUUUUGCUCUACUGUUGCAUUAUGA